AUGGGACUGAAUGAGCAGAAACUAAGAGGAGGAAUGAAUAAUAUAUGGUUAAAGAAAUAUGGCCAAAUCACAAAUGAUGAAAUAUAUCUUAAAGAGCAAGUUAUAGAACUACUAAUAGAAAUUAAUAAUGAAGAACCAAUAUUUGUGGGAAUGCCAGAACCACUGCAGAGUAUAGCAAAUAGUGGGUUUUUUACGCAGAUAUCUCUUAUAAUUUAUUCAAAAGAUACCAAAGACGAUGCAAUCACUGGAAUUAUGGCAUCAGUAAAUUAUGUGAACUCAAUUAUAGAUAAUAUUAUAGAAGUAUCAAAUACGCUAUCAGCAAAUUAUAAGAAAGAAGCAUUUUAUAGAUUAUUGGAUAAUCAAUGUUUCUUUCUAAAUACUGCUUUUAUAGCUAAAAAUAGUUUCAUUUUUAAAUCUAUUGAUCAGCUAUGUGAAAUGCACGACAUUCAGCUAUCGGUUAGCGAUUUUUCUUCUAGCGAACUAUUAUAUUUUCUUAUGGCCUCAGAUAAAUAUAGAACGAGCACAGAACUGAAAAGAACAAUAGAAAUACUAAUGAAAUAUGGAGAUCGUCUAAUUAUAAAAGAUCAAAAUGGCAUUACGCAAUCAAAUAUAUUGAAUAUUGGAUUAUGCAGAGAGGAUAUAUUGGAGUUAAAAAUAUUUAGAAGUAUAGCAAUUACUGAUUUAACUGAAUUUAUGAAUUUAAUGUGUAAAGUAAUGCAUGUUAAAAUAAAAGGAAGAGAAAAUUGCGAUCCUAUACCUCUAUUUAAUAUAUAUCAUUCAAUACAGUCUUUGUUCAAAACACCAAUUGAUGAUAUAUUACUUAUACCCAAAGACAAAGAAGAAAUUAAAAGCCACUUUAUUGCUAUACAAAAAAUAGAAAGUAUAUCCAUAAUAUGGUCUGAGGCUGACAGAAAAUUUUUUGAAGAUAACUUUAAUCGUAAGAGUUGCUACUUUGAAUAUUUCAUGGUUCUAAGACAUCUAAAGUUUAUAUACAAUGGCCUAAUAACUAUUAAUAGCUCAGAUAGUUAUAUACGAUUCAUUAUUAGAAGAUAUCAAUCUGCAGCUUUGAAUUUUCUUAUGAAUUUCCAUAGGAAUUUUCAUAGGAAUUCACUUAGUAACAUAGUAACUAUUAGUAGAAAAAUGCGUAAACUCAUUAUUUCGUUUUUUGUUGCUAUUUUUUUCUUUGCUUUAAUGGCUAUUAAUACAGCUAUACUUAAUAUGAUCAAUUUUGACAAACGCAUUCCAAGUAUUUUAUUUUCAUAA